AUGGCAAGAAGAAAGGCUAAAUUGUACAGUCGAUUUGAUGUUGCCACUUAUAUGCAAGAGAAGAAACGCUUAAAAAAAGAGACUGCAUUAGCACACAAGACACUUGCAAAGAAAAAAUCGAAAUUAGACAGGCUUAUAUACAGGGUAAGUGCAUGUAAAAUGCUUUUUUUCCCAUUCAUAUUGGGAGGUGUAUCUAGGGAGGUGUAAAAAUUUACAUUGUUACCAAGAUUCACGUAGUAGUAGGAAGUUAUGCUUUAUAUUAAGAUUGAAUAACCCACCAGGAAUUAAGCCAUUAAGCUGCAUGACUCCCCUUGGCAUGUUGUCUUGUAUUAGACAGAGUAGAAGGGUCAUGACAGGUGCAUUAGAGACAUCAGUACCCAAUGGGUUUACAAGGAGAAAUUUACAGAUUAGUAAAUUAACCCAUUAAGUUGCAAGACUCUCCUGAAUUGCGGUCGUUUCGCCAACAAGUCGUUUCGCCAACUGUCAGUUCGCCAACGUCUCGGGUCGAUUCGCAAACGUUUCCUCACGUUCUUAUGUCAGUUCGCCAACGUUAUACACAGUUCAUACAUGGAUAUAUAAAUCUAUUAAUGUUUGUAGAGAAUAACCGAAAUAGCGAAUUCUCCCGACAUUUAUUUUUAGACGGUGUAAAACAGGUUUAAUCAGCGGACGCUAAACAACUAAUUUUUGGUAGGGCCUUAAACUCACGAAAUGUGAAAGUUUUUAUGCAUAUGAUAUACCAUUCAAAUAACACAACUGAAGAGUUUUCAAACAACAAUACGAAGAUUAACUAUACUCUGCAUUAACAAAAUUCCACAAUAGAGCAUAGAACAAUAUAACCAAGGUUAGACACUGGUGACGCUUUUGAUCGCCAACGUUCCAACAUAUUUUCUACAAACAUUGUUUGUGUUUCAUGGUUUCACAUUCUAAAGACGUGAACUAUUAAAUGACCAUGGAUUAAAUGACCAUGAUUAAAAACGUUGCGUUGGCGAACUGACAUGAGAACGUGAGGAAACAUUGGUGAAUCGACCUGAGACAUUGGCGAACUAACAGUUGGCGAAACGACUCGUUGGCGAAACGACCGGUUACCACUCUCCUCAUGACGAGUAAAAUCAUCUGUCACCAUUACAUCAUGUACAUCAUAUAUUACAAUAUUACUUUACAUUUCCUGCAGAUUGAGGAGGUCUCAGAAGAAACACAAAUAGUCAGCGGAGACCCCCAACCUGAAUUGCUCACUCCACCUGCCAAAAAGAAGAAAACGACAUUCCUUUCUGAAAAAAAUGCAAAAGCAAGAUGUGGUAAUCCAACUGUUCUAAGUUCUAAUGAUAAACCAGGGUUAUCUGCACAGGCAAUGGCAAGACGAAGAACAGAAACAUUUGAUGCUGCUUCAAAAAUCCAUGGGGCAACCCCCGAAAAUCCCUUACCUACUUCAGUUGGUCUUUUGGAUACAGUGGAAAAGAAGUGCUCACAGGAAGUUCUUGUCAAGUUUAUGUCGACUAGUAAGAAAUUUAAAAAUGUAUUUUCUGUGAUAUUUAAGACUGCUUCAGAUAACUUUGAACAAUCACAGGCAAAUAAACUCCGAAGUAUUGCAGUUUAUUACAGUAAAGGAGUGAUGGGCAAGAGAAAAUAUAGAUCAACCUAUAGAUGUUUGUCCAUGAUGAGAAAUCCAAAUGGAAAAAGUAAAACCACUCGUAUUAAAGUUCUGUCAAACCCACUGCCUAGACUACUUCCUUACAACAAGCUUGCUUCUAUGCUCAAUGAAAUUGAAAUAGGAACGCUGUAUAGUGUUCGCGAUACUUUGUGUGAUGAUUUAGAGUGUGGAGAAAAGGUGGAUGGUUGUUAUAGGAAAUUGAUUGAGUUUCUUCCAAGGUUGGCACUAUUUUAUCUUUCUGCCUUACCUGCAUCUGAUAUAGAUUGGUUUAAUGAGCCUUAUACCUUUCAGGUUGCUAUUGGUGGGGAUGGGGCCCCAUUUGGGAAAUUUGACCAGUCUUGUGCUUGGUUAGUUAGCUUUCUCAACAUCGGUCAUAAGAUUUUAAGCAGCGAGGAAAAUUUCCUUAUCUUUGGUAGCAAUUGUAGUGAAACAAGCCCAGCAGUUGCCAAGUAUAUUUCAAUGAUAACUAAAGAGAUUGAGGACAUUGAAAAGGCUUCAUUUAACAUUAAUAAUAUG